UCGCGAGGAGUGGUUGCGCGUGAUAAGGCUCGCACGAUAGAAGCGCGUGCCUCGUUUCGCGAUCGGUGCGUGCACUGUUAUCCGACCACCGUGGCGAAACGUGCGGUAGAAGCAGCAACAGGAGGAUUCUCGAUUCGGAGAUGCGUGCCUCUAAUCGCGACAGUGACGUGGUGAUUCGUUCGCCGUUCCGUUGUCGGCGUGAGUAAAUCGUAGCCCCGUGUUAAAACGCAGUGACCGAAGCAGAGAAAACACCUUCCCUUUUUUUGCCCACUUCCUUUCUAACGCUCGUUCGUGUGCACACGGAUAUUUACACGAGAGAGUAGUUUGUGAUCAAGCCUACCCAAGUGAAAUUCGUAGUCUUGCUCCUUUUCUUCGUCUUCGACUCCUUCUACUUCUUCUUGUGUGACUUGUACGCCGGAGACUCGUGUGGCUGGCCAACCUAUCAACCAGGAAUUUUUCGGAUUAUUCGUGUUUUUCCUCGUUCGGUUGACAUACCGUCGACCCGGCAGCGGCCAUGACUGCGGACAGCCUGUUCGAGACUACCAGCAUCCCAGGGCAUCUCGCUCCCACGCCCCAGAGACUGGAGAGGCUUCUCUCGAAAGAGACCCUCGAGGAGCUGUACGAGGUCGAGGAACAACCUUUCGCACGAGGUAAAUACGCAACGGUGAGGAGAUGUCGGGAGAGAUCCAGCGGAAGGCAGUGGGCCGCAAAGUUCCUCAGGAAGAGGAGGCGAGCACAGGAAUUAAGGGCGGAAGCGCUUCACGAGGUCGCGGUGCUGGAUGCCGCGGCGAAUUGUUCGCGUUUGGUCUCCUUGCACCAAGUGUUUGAGACCAACACCGAAAUGGUCUUGGUUUUGGAAUUGUAAGUAUACAAUCUCUUUAGAUUUAUCCUUCGUGGAAGACGACGACUCAGACUGCUGAAACAGAUUUUGGGCGGAAUAGCCUUCCUUCAUUCCCUGAACGUGGCCCACCUGGACAUCAAGCCUCAAAAUCUCGUUCUUACCGGCGAGUUCCCCGACUGCGACGUCAAGCUCUGCGACUUUGGUAUCUCGCGGUACAUCAGCCAUGGCGCGGACAUCCGGGAGAUUCUGGGCACGCCCGAUUAUGUUGCCCCAGAGGUGUUGAACUACGAGCCGAUCAGCCUGGCUACGGACAUGUGGUCCAUCGGAGUGCUGCUGUACGUGCUGCUAACGGGAUGCUCCCCGUUCGGUGGCGACACCAAGCAGGAAACGUUCUGCAACAUUAGCCGAUGUCGCCUAGAUUUUCCCGACGACCUGUUCGAGGACGUGUCCGAGGAGGCGCGCGAUCUCAUGCGCAAGCUGAUGGUCAAGGAUCCAAACGAGCGCCUCACCGUCACGGAAUGCCUUCAACACUCUUGGUUCAACAUGUUCGACGAUCCUCAGCCGUCUCUGUCUACGCCCACCUGCUCACCGUUGGACCAGUCCUCGAUCGACGACACCUCCUCGUCGGAGUCGAAGACGUCCACCAAGUCGAGCUCGAUCCAAGAGCAGCAAACGGUAUCCACCACGCCGAAGAACGACUCGGAGAAGCAGCAGAGAUCGUCGAGCGUCGAGACGAAGAGCACGGCGACGAGAGCGAUCUCUUCUCACACGGAGAACUUGUACUCCAAGUCGAAGCUGUCUCCGAAACCCGCGAGAUUCGGUCUAAGUUCGGAUCGCAGGGACACGUUCAAAAGGAACAUGGACUCGCUGGCGCAGAAAUUUUCCGGGGAGAUCGUGAUAAUCGAACCAGUUUCCCCGACGAGCGGUACGACAGUAGUCUCCUCGAACGUGUCCAGCGGGACGCAAAGGAGGGCGACCGCCACGCACACGAUGCCCGCCGGGGAGGUGUUCAAGUGCACCCCAGUCUACAUCCUGGGCGACGAGCUCCACUGUAGCGACAACAACAGCGACACCGUGGACAGCUCGAGCGAUCGAAGCAGCAUCUACUCGGACGACUCGCUGGACUUCAUCCUGUACGGGAAGAAUCAAGGUAGAGCCAGUUUUCCAUUCGCGACCACGGAUUCGACCUCCGACCGAUGGGAGCCGAGGCACCACACGCGCGUGUGGCCCAGGGAGUGCAACGGGGUGGUUAGCAAAGCUAUCAGCCGUUUCUCGUCGGAAACGACGAACGCGAAAUUCAGCAAAAUCUCCACGCCACCGUCGGUCCACGGAAAGACGGUCCUGGAAGCGCACCGCGAGAGGGGAGGGAACCUGGUCGUGAUCCGCGAGCCGGUCAGAGCUGGCAGGUACACCAGAUACAGCGAGGUGCAGUACGAGUCGGUGCAAGCACGUAUUCGAAGAUUUCAGGUCCACGGAGCAUCGUAGACGCGGUUGCGGGGUGUCGUGGUGACCUGUCCAUGAAGGGCUUUCUCGAGCAGCUUCGCAGUCCUGGAUCUCGCGCGGGGUCCGUUGUACAUAUUGUUACUUUACGGUGUACAGUACACGUAUGUUUCGGUACCGGUGCGUGCUACACGAGGAAUCGGUGCACCCGAUCGAGAGAGUAGCGGCUGUAAAUAAAACGGAGGAAUUGGGAAGAAGUGGCGCGGGUACCGAUUCGUGGCGCGCGCCUUGUAAAUACUAUUCGGACGACCGAGAGGAAAGAUUGUACGUUGCGUUAACCGAAGUAGAGAUUGUACAUACACGUAGGAGAGGUGGUAGCAGGAGAUCGGACGAUGGAACGUCGCGUCGAUGUGUCGUUUGCCAUUACAGAGAGACUGACCGGUCGAACGAACGAAGAAGAAGAAGAAGAAGAAGUAGAAGACGAACCGCGAGUCGCUCGUUCGAGUUGCUCUCGCGAGAGAAACGAAAGUCUGUGGUGCACCGUGGCGUUCCACGGGGGGCCGAACCUCGCGAUUAUUACGUAACUGGUAAAUGUCAGGCAUAUGUCAGACUCCGUUCGGAAUUCUAGAGUAGCUAUUCGAGGUGGAAAAUGGCGCGAGCAACUGGUCGACCGAGCGGCAGCGGAUUCGCGCAAUCUAGCCAUAAUAGAAUCGUCGAGAUCGUCGCGGCCUGGAUCGUGGCGAUAGCAGUGACUCUAACGAAUUACCUUCAGGUCCAUUCCGGGGGAUCUCGUUAAGAUCGAAAUUCGAUAACUUGGGUGCCUUUUUACCGUAUUCAACUUUUUAAGAGAAUCCGUAUGCGUGUACUUGUACACGACGGUGAAGAAUCGUCGUAUCGAGUCGUACACGGGGAUCGUGAACGCACACUCGUAGUGCCUAUUUUUGUUUCGUCCCGUUCGCAUCUUGCCACGGGAAAAAUCAUCGCGAGCACGAUGGAGGAGAGAGUCAGAAAGAAUGAGAAAGAGAGAGAGCGUGGUGAGAGAACGAAUCGAUGCUUCCAAGAAGAGUCGGGUGAACGAGCAAGCAAAAGAAGUUCGCACAGUGCCUUACAAUUAGUCGUACGGGCGAUUUUCACCAAUCGCGCCGUCGAUCGAUCGAAAUUGAGAGCCUAGACUAGCUUUAGGCGUCUCCAAUUCUUCUCGUUGGAUCGAUAGCGUCUCUCGAGGGAGAUCGAGAACUCUGUACCCCCUCGAUGCGCAGAAUACCGCGCUACACCACCGAACAGAACCACGGUUUUUUACAAUCUUCGCUUUUUUCACUUUCCCCCCUCUACCGUCUAGGAUAUACCGACGAUGCGCCGUUAAUAUUAAAUCGAACCUUUAACCGCCGCAGAACAUAUCCAGGGACGAGUUUCGUUUUGUGAGGAAUGGAACGAUCGAGAGUUGCUCACUAGUUGAACAAACUCGCGAUCUUUUCAGCUCCGUCAGGUCGCGAGAAUAAAAUACACGAAUAUAUAUAUAGAUAUAUAUCGAUUUACGUAUAGAUACCUAACUUUGCGAACAGUCGUAUCGCGAGGCAUAGCCGCGAACUGUGCAAGGGCGAACGCUAAAAAAUCUCGUGGAGCGUAAACUUCCGUGGUCGAAGGGAGCGCUCUGUAAAUGCUAGUCAUAUAUAGUCGCUCGUCCCCUUGUUCGAACUCGUUCGUUUCCCUCGUUCUCUUUUUUUUUUGAAAUCGCGGCAACAUCCGGCGAACGAUUACGAAAAAUUACCAGGGUGGAAAAACGAGACGAGAGUGAUUCGAGGAAAGGGGGCGAGCGCACGAUCGAAACGACGAAUCGCGCGUCAACGUCAGGAGAAACGUCUCUAAUUCCAGCCUUUAUAAAAGCAGCAAUAGAUUUGCCCGGGAGAGGAUUGCGUAUGGAAAAUGGCGAUCGUUGUUUCGUGGCAUCGAACCUCGUGGAUCGAGGGAAUCGUUAUCGAAUUGUUUCUUCUUUCUGUAUUUCUUUUUUUUUUGUUUUUUGGACUCCACGAACGAUUAUUAUCGAGAGCGUUCGUCCGUUGAAAUUCCGAGGCGCACACGGAGGGACACGUAGACGCACGACGACACGAAAGAACGCGUGAUAUGCGACGAAUUGUUUGACGAGUGUGACGAGGUGUGAAAAAAAGGAAGGAACGCGAGGGAGUGUGUUGCUGCGUGAAUUCACGAUGAUUGCCUCUGAGAAUCAAAGAAGAAAAAAUCAUAGAGACCUGUAAUAUAGUUUUGCUACAACACGGUAGAGAAGGGCGUGCACCCGAGCGACACGGCUCUACCAUUUCUCCAGGCCAAUUUCGUCGUCGUUAUUUAUUUCCGUCUACUUUCUGCCCUCCUCCCCCUCACCCCUGUAUCCUCGUAUUUAAUUAAUUUUUGCGUGUCGCGUUUUAUUCUCGUGCCGUUUCGAUCGUUGGGCC